UAGAGUGUACCAUAGCCGGCUUCCCGACAAGAGCCACAACCCUCUGUUGACAUGAUUAAGCAUCCAAUUAAAUGUGAUGUGGCUAAUGACAUCUCCGUUGUCUGGGCCUAUUCUCAUUUUUUAUAUAAGCAAUCUGCCACUUCUUGUUUCCACCUUCGUGAAUCUUUUUUGCUCUCACCGGCAGGCUGCCCCGCGCGUUUUUACACUUUUGAGAGCUAUGCAGCCUCCGAGUCCGUUGCGAGCCGAUCACCCUAACCCUUUCGUGCUCGGGUGGUGAUGGAUGAACACUCGGGGCACAUUCUGCUCUCUAGGGGCAGCAAUGAGGACGCACCUCGAGGACAUAUAGCCCUGGUAGUAGCAGCCGUGCUCACUGGAAUGUCGAUCGUGGUUGUCGCAAUGCGCAUUUACACCAGAAUCGGAUUGAUAAAAUUAAGUGGCCGGGAGGAUUGGACUAUUCUAGUUUCUCUGGCCUUUGCAAUUGCCUAUCUAGGUCUCGUUGUUGCGCAAUACCGCCAUGGCUUAGGAAAGCAUUCCUAUGAUAUACCGGAGUAUGAGUUCAAGGAACAGUUAAAGCAUCUAUGGGUUGCAAUCCCCAUGUAUAAUGCGAGCCUAGCAUUCACGAAAAUCUCCCUACUCUUCCAAUAUUUGCGCAUAUUUCCCAGCUACCGGUUCUGUAUCAUAUGCUACAUUGUCCUGGGGGUGGUGAUCUUAUACGCAACAUGGGCAAUUGUCAGCGGGUUCGUCAAUUGCGUGCCCGUAGCCAGAUUCUGGGACCCAAAGAUCUCGGGUACCUGCCUCUCCUUUGAGGCUGUUUGGUUCUUCAACGCUGCGAUGAAUAUAGCCACUGAUCUCACUCUUCUCGUCCUACCGAUGCCUCACUUAUCGCAACUACGUCUUCCUCGUAGACAGAAGGUUGCACUCCUGGGCGUAUUUGCGCUUGGUGGACUUGUCGUGAUUACCAGUAUUCUUCGUAUUUUUAGCAUACGCGCUCUAACGAAAAGCAUCGACAUAUCUUGGAGCAACGUUAGCGCAGCCUACUGGACUGCAGCCGAAUGCAACGUCGCGAUAAUAUGUGCCUGUCUGCCAUUCCUCCGCCCGCUCGUCAGCCGCAUCUGCCCUAAUUUCCUCUCUACGGACAGCGACAAUAAGAACAACCCCACGCGUAAUGCGACGCGCACGGCCGCUCCAAGCUCAGCACGCCUCAGAACCCCGGAUUCAGAUCUCUAUCCCCAAGACCUGGAGUUCGGUCUGCGCAGUAUCGACACGGAUAUCGGACACGACGUCGGAAACAGAACUGGACUUGAACCGACAACUCCUGGCAAGGACGGGAACGUGGACGGGAGUGAAAUUCAGGUCAUGACUAAGAUGAUUCAAGAAGUGAGGAUGGCGCCUGUUUGUGGGGACACCCAUGGUCCGGAGACGAGUCAGACCAAACUGGUAUAAAUGGCUCGGUAGACCUUUUGCUUAAUAGUAGUACUGUAACAGCCGUCGAAGCCCUUCUUUAUUCAUCGGAGUUAGAUUCAUUGCCAUUAUGGCUUCCAUAUACCCAAUUCAUUGUUUAUUCCGGAUAUAUAUCGAUAUAUUUC